AACACAUCUGCACAUAUUAAUGUCAGGAUCUUUCAUAGAUAUUACUGUAAAAUACGGAGCUCUGGGUUCUUGGCGGGUUUGCGGGUAACCCAUGGGUACCCAAAAAAGCAAUAUGGCGAGGUCUAGGACGUGCACAUGAUGUAUCCCAAAAUUCCCAUUUUAUUACGCAACCCCCAAGUUUCCCAUCUUUUGUAUCAAUUCCCAUUCCACACAAUUUUUCGCAUCACUAUGGCAUUGCCACAUGAUCCGCUUAUCAAACGACUGGAAGAUGAAAGGCAAAAGUACUACAGCGAAACCCACCAACCAACGACUUUCCAGCUUAAUCGUUUCGGUGCCGGCUGCCAACUUCUUAAAGAAGAUCCCCAGAUUUUGCGUCAGAACAAAAGCUCAACACGUCAGAGAAAAUCCACAGCACAAUACAAUUUAUCAAAAAUUGCGAAACUGAGUUCCUCAGUUUUUACAUUAAUAUGUUUCGUAACAGGGUUCACUGAAUUAGGAAGCAAGAGCCAUCUCGAGCUUAACCCAAAACUUCGGAGCUGGUGGGAAAACGCUGCACGUCCAAAGAGAUUGUUGAAACUCGUGCAGGAGAUCUGCGAUGAGGAGGGGAUUGAAUAUGUGGAAACCAGUAAGGAAGACAUCUAUUUUUUAAUAUUUCCUCGCUGAUAAUAUCGUAGUACAAUUUCCAGAAGAACGUCAAGACCAGUCAAAUCCCAUGGAGGGACCUAUGCUCCUUCAUCGUGACAAGACACUAAUGCUCCAAAUCAGCCUCCUACCAAGCGAGCCACCCUAUCAAGAAUUCAACUUCAGCAUUCAGGAGCUCAUUCAUUUCCUCCAAACCCGUAACG